AUGGAGAAGGCUCGCGAUAGUGAGGCAAGCGGUACAAGAUAUGGAGAAUGUCUGGAAGAGUCGUGGCGUGUCAAUACUGCUGAAGAUAAGGCUACUUCGGGCUAUCACUUUCUCUAUUGUGACAAUCUGUUUUUCUCUUCUCCAGUUUUCGAAGAAGUUGACAGCUUCGCAAGCAAACGGCCAUUGAUGGUGAUAUGCGAUUCGUCAAAUUCAUGUCAAUCCUAUUGCUCUGCAAGGUUAGUGUCAUUGAAAACCGGUGAAGAAUGUCACAGUUUGUCUUUUAAAACGCUGCCAAUACAAAAUGUCGAAUGCAAUGCUCGGGUUGUUAUAACAGUUUUUGCGGAGAAAAUGGCUGUCUUUGAAGCUUGCCAAUUCCGUCAACUAUUUUGGAUCACAAACUGUUAUCCUUGCCCAGGACCGAACAUCAACCCAAUUGCAUUAGGGGCACGCUGGUUAGCAUAUGCAGAUAAAAGAUUGGUGUCGGUGCAUCAAUCUUGUGGUGGUAUGUCUGGAGAUGGAUCACAGUCUUACGCAGCUACAGUUAUCAAUGCUGCAAAGAGUAUUACAAAAGGAUUGACGAUGUUUGGAGAAGCAAUGGUCAGCAGCGUUACAGGGAAAUCUCCGACUUCUCACACGACAAAAAAAGCCGACCCGUCAUUCGUUAUCGACAACGGAUUACGUCCAGGCAUUGUUUCUGUUAUUGACACUCAAACGAUCCGAGGGGAACAUUUUUCUGUAUCGGAAGAUUCAGAUUGUGAAGGACUGAUGGCACACUUCCAUGCUCAUGCUAAUGAACCCGUUGCGGCGAUGGCCUUUGACCCUACGGGCACUUUACUCUUAACGGCUUGCAAACUUGGACACAACUUUCAUGUGUUCCGUCUUAUGACUCAUCCUUGCGGUUCAUCUCUUGGCGCUGUUCAUCAUUUAUAUACAUUACAUCGAGGUGAUACAACUGCUAGGGUUGUUGACAUGGCAUUCUCUCUCGAUAGUCGGUGGGUUUCGGUCAGCACCCAUCGUGGGACGAGUCAUAUCUUUCCAGUAACAAGUUAUGGAGGCCCCGUGUCUAUUCGAACUCAUUGCAAUGCACGUGUUGUGAACAGGAUGAGCAGGUUUCAUCGGAGUGCAGGCUUGGAUGAAAUUGAACGCACAGCAACAGGGCGGCACAGCCCUGUGCUAUCAGGGAGUCCAAGUGCCACGGCCGGAGUUCAAGAAAUUUACCCCAGUUUUGCACGACAGAAUGCUUUGAACAACAACUUCGGGAACCCUCGCUUGCCUCCUUAUCCUCACUCCAUUCCGAUUCACGCUUUGGCGCAAGUAAAACAACCAACUCCUGCUUUAUCUGGUAUAACCACAACAGUGACAAGUCCACGAAGUACUAAUUUAGGGCCUCAGUCUGGUUUAGCUGUGGUCGAUCAGGCGGUAUCUGUAGUAGCUUGCUUUGCCAGUCCUCGAUGCUGUGUGGGUUUCACACCACCAAUACCAAUCGAACGCAGAGAAGGAAAGAAACCUUUCACAUCAUUAUACAUUCUGGGCCAUGAAGCGCUUCUCACUGAAUAUGUCCUGGAACCCCGCCCUAAAGCCGCAGCGACGGACAAGAUAUCUGAUGACACACCGCUAGAGCUCGUUGUGAUUGGACAAUUCCAGUGGCCUCUACAGAGGUUAAAAUCUUCUCCAGAGCUUCUUGCCCCACUUGCUUCAAAUAAUCCGCUUAUCUCUGCCUCUACAGCUGUUUCAACUCGUCAACCUUCCAUGCAAAUUGAUUAUGCAGAGCCUUGCCAGGUCACACGUCAUGAUUCGAAAGACAGCCUCUCUUCUGAGCAGUGCAAUAAAGAAGAUACAGAUGAAAUAUGGCUUCCACAGGUUGAAAUGAUUACACAUGCGGGUCCACAUCGCCGUCUAUGGAUGGGGCCACAGUUCUCAUUUAAAACAUACCAGAACAGUCAUUUUACCACAGUCCUUUCAUCAAAUUCAUCAGCACUGCUCUCACAGAAUCCUGAAUCACAAUACUGUUCUGAAAUGAGUGGUGAAGAUCUUUAUGAUUUGCAGAGUUUAACGAUCCAGCCCGCACGAUCAAGUCCUGUUGCAAUGCCAAACACGAGGCCAGCUUACCGAAGGUCGUCGGGGUGUGACAACACGAUGCCGACGAACCGAGGGUCGACAUCUUCACCAUUGCUAAUAGAAGCUGGAAGCUUCGAGCAGUCUCCACAUCUUAGCGAUGUCUACGGCUAUUGGACAGAAUCCGAAUUAUCACGACUCCCCCGAGGAAAUACGGAAAACAGCGAAGAAGAUGACGACCGCUUGCGCGAACACAUUGCCGAGGCCAUGCUUGAGUCUCCACAUAGAGAUUGUGGAGGACCUACAAGUCUCCGAGAAGGUGGUACUUUCGACAAAGCAGAUGUAGAAGAUAUAUCAACCAUCGGCACCGUUUCAAGUUCCCCUGCCACGAUGUCCCAAUGCGAUGCAGAUGAUGUUUAUCUCACAGAAUCUGUUUAAUUUAAUUUUAUAAUUAACUUCCAAUUAAUUUCUAAUUAAUUCUAAUUUUUUUUCUGAUUAUUAUAUAUUUUUUAAAAUUCCAGCCCCACAUCAUUACAGAUCUCAGUGCUGUUUCCUCUUUUUUGUCACAAUCCACCUUGGUAUACUCCUCCCUAUGUGUUUCUUGUGUGUCAUAUAUAUAUGUAUGUGUGUGUGUAUAUAUGUAUAUAUACACUUUUACAUGUUUCACUCAUUUGACACUGGCCAUGCUGGAACACAGCCUUAAAGAGUUUUAGCUGAAGAAAUUGAACCCCCAAGAGUUAUUCUUUGUAAGCCUAGUUACUUUAUAUUCUACCGGUGUCUUUUUGCUGAACCACUAUGUCAUGGAGUGGAGGGGGAGGAAGAUGUAAACGCAUCAAGACUGUUCAAGUGGUAAUGGAGGACACACAGACACACACAAAUAUAUACAUAUAUAUUUAUAUAUAUAUGUGUGUGUGUAUGUAUAUAUAUAUAUAUAUAUAUAUAUAUAUAUAUAUAUAUAUAUAUAUCUGU